AUUUUUAUUGCUUUUAUUUAUUUUCAGUCUGACGCAGAAUACGACAAAGAGCAACUUAGAAUUCUUCGAAAUGCUUUUAAAGCAUUUGACCAUGAUGGUGCUGGCUGGAUUGAGCAUGCAGACGUAUCCAGUAUUCUUGAAAUUUUAGGUCAGAAACUGGAACCGCCAGCGGUGAAGGCACUUAUUAAAGAGGUUGAUAAAGGCACAACAGGAAAGUUAGAUUUUAGCCAGUUUUGCAAAUUGGCAGCCCGUUUUAUUGAAGUUGAAGAAGAUGUAGGAGCUCUCCAAAAUGAGUUAAAAGAAGCAUUUCGUGUUUACGAUAAAGAAGGAAAAGGCUAUCUAACAGUUGCUACAUUGCGUGGCAUUCUUCAUGAACUAGAUGAUAAACUUUCCAAUCAAGAUCUGGAUAUGAUUAUAGAAGAAAUCGAUGCUGAUGGUUCGGGAACAGUUGAUUUUGAUGAAUUUAUGCAAGUAAUGACAGGUAAAUAA